AUGCAUGAUCUCAGGAAGAAUACUUGGAUUGUUCAAAAGUUUGGAGGGACCAGUAUUGGGAAGUUCCCAGAUAAAGUUGCAGAUAUCAUAAUAACUGCGAAAUCCAACGGCUACAGACCUGCUGUGGUCUGUUCCGCGCGCAGCUCUAGCAACAAGGCCUUCGGGACAACAAGUCGAUUACUCGAGGUAUAUCGGACGCUGGGACGGAUUGUCUCGGCCGCACAUGACAGCGACAUGCAGAGCUUGCUUCUAGAAAAUCUACGGAGUAUCGUCCGAGACAUUCAAGAUGAUCAAAUUUCUGCACUACGAUCCUUCGUACACUCUCCGGAAAUAAGAAGAGAGACUAUUCGGCGAAUUGAAGAGGACUGCCAAAAAUUACUUGAUUACGUUGAUGCUACUCGCAGUUUUGAUCUCGACAUCAAUGGCAGGUCGAAAGAUAAGGUGGUCAGCUUAGGCGAAAAACUCAGCUGUCGAUUCAUGAUGGCUAUAUUGAGAGACAGAAAGAUUGAGGCUGAAUACGUAGAUCUGUCUGAAAUUAUAUUCGCCAGCAGUUCGGGUAGCUUGAAACCAAUCUACUUCCGAAAUGCCGCCGUUAUUUUCGGGAAACGCGUGGCGGCAUGUAAUGGCAAAGUACCCAUCAUUACUGGCUUCUUUGGCGCCGUCCCAGGCAGCUUGACGAACGGCGGUAUCGGAAGAGGCUAUUCCGACUUGUGCGCAGUUCUAGUCGCGGUUGGUCUCCAGACAAAGGAAGUCCAGAUAUGGAAGGAAGUGGACGGUAUAUUCACUGCUGACCCGACAGAAGUACCGAAGGCGAGAUGUUUGCCAACGAUAACUCCUCAAGAGGCAGCUGAGUUGACGUUCUACGGGUCCGAAGUCAUCCACCAUCAAGCCCUGGCCCUAGCCAUACAAGCCGAGCCCCCCAUCCAGAUUCGUGUCAAAAAUGUGCAAAAUCCAGCAAGCGAAGGCACUGUAGUUGCUGAGAAAAUGGUCAAGCACUGUAUACGACAGAUGAAGCGUACAGACUCUUCCGAAAACGCGUGCUUAUCGGAAAUAACUUCGAGCAAACCCACCGCGAUCACAAUCAAGAGAGGUAUCACCGUCAUCAACAUUUGUAGCAACAAACAGUCCAUGUCCCACGGAUUCUUCGCCAAGGUUUUCACCAUCCUAGAAGACCAGGGUAUUUCGGUGGAUCUUAUUUCUACCUCUGAAGUCUGCAUUUCGAUGGCUAUCAGUAGAACGAACACGGAGGUCACUCAAUUAGAGGAUGCAUGUACGAAACUAACAGAAACGGGAAAGGUCAAUGUGCUCCCCGACAUGGCUAUACUCAGCCUGGUGGGCGAGGAACUAAAAAAUAUGACCGGUGUGGCCGGGCGAAUGUUCGCGAUUCUAGGGGAUGAACAGGUCAACAUUGAAAUGAUUUCUCAAGGAGCUAGCGAGAUCAACAUUUCUUGCGUUAUCCCAGCGAAGGAUGCCACACGUGCCAUCAACCAGUUACAUGCAGAACUGUUGACUAAUGAAUGA